CCGAUGUCGUGGGUUCAAAUCCUACAGAGCGUGAUUUUUUCUUCAUGGAUCCAAUUAAAAUGAAAUGAAUUCAGUCGCUUGCACAACAAUUCAAAUUGGACCUCCUGUGGAUUAAAGAAAGGAGGAGGCCAAUCAAAUUUGAAUUAAUCAAAGGUCCAACUGAUCGCCACGCCUGUAUUGUAAAUAUGCAGUUACGAAUAAUCCAGCCAAAGUAAUAGGAAUUAGACCUAAGACGAUUCCAAAUAGAAAAACUUCAAUCAUUUCAAUUUUGUUUUUGAAAAGGAGAAAAAAAGCGGUAAUAUCUAUACCUAAAUAUUAAUCCGAAUUGAUGUGAAUCUCAAUGACCAAGAAUUGAUAAUUGACAUGGUAAGUAACUCUAGAAUACACAGAAUCUCACAGAAGGAUUUCCUUUCUAAAUAGUUUCUUUUAAAUAGAAAGUUUAAAUAAGUCGUAUCUUGCUCAGACCAAUAAAUAGAGCUGAAGUUAUAGUUAAAGCCACUAGUAGAAAACCAAAAUAACUGGUUAUAGUAAGCAUAAAGGGGCUAAAUGAAAUCUGGUAUUUUUAUACAUAUGUUUCUAAAGCAUUUACCUAAGUUUCCAUUUUCCUAAAAUAAGAAGAUAUACAAAAAUACCAAUUGAAAGAAUAAGUUCAAUUGAAAAUUUUUGAUUCAUCUAUCAUUACAGACAGCAGGAACAAAGAGAAAGUGACAGGCAUAUAAAAUGAAACCGCUUCCUCAUUUCUAAGAUCUAGCCAUCUCGCGAUUCCUAUCAACCAAGCCUUCGAGAAUAAACGAACUGGAUCGUGUAACUUCAUUCAAAAACGAAACUCUUUUUGAAUUAUUAUUUUGAAUUCCAUUUUUAUGGAAUACUAUGUUUUCCAUUUUUUCGUUCGAUAUUUAAAAAUAAAGCCUCUUCCUUGUAGCUAGAUCCAAAUUUGGAUUGAGAUCCAAUCCAAGAAUUCAUUACAACUAUUGAUUCCAUUUAUUUUAUUUUUUCUUCACUUUCUUUCAUCGAAUCAUAUUUGUUACCGGACAAUUAAAAAAUUCAUUAAAAUAAAAGGAGGGAUUCGAACAAAAACUGCCUCUACAACCAUGAAAAAUAAAUUGCUAGAUCUCGCAUCCACUUAAAAUAGAAUUGUGGAAAUAUGAGAAUCUCUUUCAUUGUAAGAAUUUUAUAUUAAAUACAGCAUCAUUUUACAUCAACAGGUAAAGGAAAAGAAAAAAUAAAUCUUUUAGCAUUUCCUUUCGAUACUGAUUCAAAUUGCAUUGCUGUGUCAGAAGAAGCAUAGCUAUACUGAUUCGGUAUACUCUAAAGAUGCCCUUGGUACAAUAUUGACGAUCCUACAAAGAUCCCAUUUCAGUGAUUGCCUUUUACUGAUCUCAUCUUUUACGGAAUCGAUCCCCUUUGACUGUACAAGAAUAUGUGGAGCUGAGCAUGUCUGGAAGCACAGGAGAACAUUCUUUUGCGGAUAUUAUUACCAGUAUUCGAUAUUGGGUCAUUCAUAGCAUUACUAUACCUUCCCUAUUCAUUGCGGGUUGGUUAUUUGUCAGUACCGGUUUAGCUUACGAUGUAUUUGGAAGCCCUCGGCCAAACGAGUAUUUCACAGAGAGCCGACAAGGAAUUCCAUUAAUAACUGGCCGUUUUGAUUCUUUGGAACAACUCGAUGAAUUUAGUAGAUCGUUUUAGGAGGCCCUAAUCAAAUGACUAUAGACCGAACCUAUCCUAUUUUUACAGUACGAUGGUUGGCUGUUCAUGGCCUGGCUGUACCUACCGUCUUUUUUUUGGGGUCAAUAUCAGCAAUGCAGUUCAUCCAACGAUAAACCUAAUCCCGAAUUAUAGAGCUAUGACACAAUCAAACCCGAAUGAACAAAGUGUUGAAUUGAAUCGUACCAGUCUCUACUGGGGGUUAUUACUCAUUUUUGUACUUGCUGUUUUAUUUUCCAAUUAUUUUUUCAAUUAGGCAAAUGAAAGAAAAAAACUAAUAAUUCUAGGCAUUCUUUUAGCCCGUUCGGAAGGAUCUCAUAAUUAUCCCUGACUGUUUAUGUCUCUAGCACGACCACUUGAUGAAAUUUGGAGGGAAGUGGAGUAAAUGGCCGAUACUACUGGAAGGAUUCCUCUUUGGAUUAUAGGUACUGUAACUGGUAUUCUUGUGAUCGGUUUAGUAGGCAUUUUCUUUUAUGGUUCAUAUUCCGGAUUAGGUUCAUCCCUGUAGUAAUCGGAUGAAUGGAGUUGUGACAUGAAAGCGUAGGAACUCAACGGGAUUCCCUUCUUUAGUUUGUCUGAUUCGAGGGGAAAGGGCCCGUUGGGUUCUUAAGAAUCAGAGUCUUUUUUUGUCUAAAUGACAAAGUGGAUUUCUUUUUCUGCUGGUUCAAAAAACUCCAUUCUAUUUUUUCUGAUGAUGCUUUUGAAAAAUGAACUUCAUUGGUUGAUUCAGAACACCUCUUCCUUGAUCUUGAUAGUAUCUAUGGGUACUUUCCAAGUUAGAAUAAAGGGGGAAUCACUCAAUUUCCUAGAUUCUAAUUCUAUUUUAUAUAUAGAAUUAUUCUAUAUUUUUUAUUUCUGCAGAUUCUAUUUCUGUAGAUUAGAUCUCGCACAAAUACUUUCGAUACUCUUUCUUACCCUACUUAUCCCUAUAUUUUUUAGAUUUGAAUAUCUCAAUGGUUUGUCCACUACUUUAUAUAUUUUAUUAUACGUAAUAAAUCGAAAAAAAAAGUAAAGUUACGAUACAUCUGGAAAAACGAAAACAAGACUAGGAGUUUUUGACAAACAGAUUACUCUUUCGACACAAAAAGGGAUUCCAUCAUAUUCAUAUAUCAUAUUUAUAGUGAAGUCUUAUCCCCGGAUUUCCACAAAAGAGAAUCCCUAUUCACACUUCCUGUUAGUAGUGAUUGAAUUUCUAUGUUUAGUUUGAUAAUAAAUAAGAUAUUCAAAUCAAAAUAAAGAAUUGUGGAUCGAAUGACUAUUCAUCUAUUGUAUUUUUAUAUAAUAUAGUACAAAUAGGGGGCAAGAAAACUCUAUGGAAAGGUGUUGGUUUAAUUCGACGGUGUUUAAGAAGGAGUUACAACGUGGGUAUGGGAUAAAGAAAUUAAUGGACAAUCUUAGUCCUUUUGAAAAUACUAGUGAAAGUGAAGAUCUGAAUCCAAAAGGUAGGGCUAAAAACAUUCAUAGUUGGAGGGGUCGUGGAAAUUCUAGUUACAGUGAUGUUGGUCGUUUAUUUGGCAUCAAAGACAUUCGGAAUUUCAUCUCUGAUGAGACUUUUUUAGUUAGGGAUAGUAAUGGAGAUAGUUAUUCUAUCUAUUUUGAUAUAGAAAAUCAGAUUUUUGAGAUUGACAGCAAUCAUUCUUUUCUGAAUGAACUACAAAGUUAUUUUUCUAGUUAUCGCAACAUGUAUGAUACUCAAUCUAGUUGGAAUAAUCACAUUACUGGUUGCAUUGACACUUAUCUUCAGUCUCGAAUCUGCGGGGGGUCCAGUAUACUAACCCGUGCUAAGAGUAGUGAUUUAACUCUAAGAGAAAGGUCUAGUGAUCUCGCUGCAACUCAAAAAUACAGGCAUUUGUGGCUUCAAUGCGAAAAUUGUUAUGCAUUAAAUUAUAAGAAACUUUUGAAAUCACAAAUGAAUGUUUGUGAACAGUGUGGAUACCAUUUGAAAAUUAGUAGUUCAGAAAGAAUCGAAGUUUCGAUUGAUCCCGGGACUUGGGAACCUAUGGAUGAAGACAUGAUCUCCGUGGAUCCCAUUGGAUUUCAUUCGGAGGAGGCGCGUUAUAAAGAUCGGAUUGAUUCUUAUCAAAGAAAGACAGGAUUAACUGAGGCUGUUCAAACAGGCAUAGGUCAACUAAAUGGUAUUCCCGUAGCAAUUGGGGUUAUGGAUUUUCAGUUUAUGGGGGGUAGUAUGGGAUGCGUAGUCGGGGAGAAAAUAACUCGUUUGAUUGAGUACGCUACCAAUCAAUUUCGACCUCUUAUUAUAGUGUGCGCUUCGGGGGGAGCGCGCAUGCAAGAAGGGAGUUUGAGCCUGAUGCAAAUGGCUAAAAUAUCGUCUGCUUUAUACGAUUAUCAAUCAAAUAAAAAGUUAUUGUAUGUAUCAAUCCUUACAUCUCCUACUACUGGUGGGGUAACAGCCCGUUUUGGUAUGUUGGGAGAUAUUAUUAUUGCCGAACCAAAUUCCUACAUUGCAUUUGCGGGUAAAAGAGUAAUUGAACAAACAUUGAAUAAAACAGUACCCGAAGGUUCACAAGCGGCUGAAUAUUUAUUCCAGAAGGGCUUAUUUGACCUAAUCGUACCGCGUAAUCUUUUGAAAAGUGUUCUGAGUGAGUUAUUUAAGCUCCACGCCUUCUUUCCUUUGAAUUUCAAGUCAAUCAAGUAGAGUGCACUAAGUUCCAUUUUUAUAUUUGUAGCAAACAAGUAGUUAGCUUAUCCGAAUCUUAUCGGAAUCAAAGUAACUAAAAGGGGAGUUUUCUUUGGCGACCUAAGAUCUAAUUGUAGAAAGAAUCAAAAUCAAAAGUUGCAGAUAACUCUUUCUUUAUUAAAUUCGAAGACAAGAACAAAACACAAAGAAACGAAGACAAAAAUGAAUUAUCAUAUGGAUCUUUCAUGUAGAUAGAUGAAUAAGUCCGUUUAUUUAGUUCUAUAUUCCAUUCCUUGGACUUAUUCUAUAUACUCACUUAGAUGCUUAAUAUCUCUAAUGCAAAAUUUGCAAAUUGAAUUAAUUAAUAAUAACUACGAAUUCAUACUAAUUACAAUUAUUAAUUAUAAUUAGUAUAAAUAUAAAAUAUGAUAUUAAAAAAAAUAAGAACAGGUACAAAUAAUAAACCGAGGUACCCCAUUUUAUGACAACUUUCCACUUUCCCUCUAUUUUUGUGCCUUUAGUAGGCCUAGUAUUUCCGGCAAUUGCAAUGGCUUCUUUAUUUCUUCAUGUUCAAAAAAACAAGAUUGUUUAGAUCUGAGGGGACCCAAUCUCAUUCGUUUUUUUUGAAACUUAUACUUGUAGCAUAACAUAGAUAUUUAUUUCAGAAAAGAAAAUAUAAUAGAACAUGUGAUUUCUGCCGAACAUAAAGGAAAAAGCUGUUAUGCCUGCAGAAAAUGAUCUAUAGCUAACUGAAUUCUAGCCAGUUUCAAAUAGAUCAGGAUCGCUGGAUGCCUAAAAUGUAAAGUUGGUCGAUUUAUAUGUAUAUCAAUAUGUAUAUUGGGAUCAUAUGAGGGGUAUGUUAUUAUUUUAGAUCUAAACAAAUUUGAUGAAUUACCCCUAAAAGUUCCCAUUAAACUAGUGCUAGUUCACACCAAACUAGUGCUAGUUAAUGAAAGUUCAUUCGGAAACAAAAAAAGUAAAGUCAAAAUCAUUUGGGGUAUUCUCUCAAUUUCAAUAAAAUGCAAUCGGAUGAAGUAUGAGUUGGCGAUCAGAACAUAUAUGGAUAGAACUUAUAACGGGGUCUCGAAAACUAAGUAAUUUUUGCUGGGCCCUUAUCGUUUUUUUAGGUUCAUUAGGAUUCUUAUUGGUUGGAACUUCCAGUUUUUUUGGUAGAAAUUUGAUAUCUUUUGUUCCGUCUCAGCAAAUCCUUUUUUUUCCACAGGGGAUCGUGAUGUCUUUCUACGGGAUUGCGGGUCUCUUUAUUAGUUCCUAUUUGUGGUGCACAAUCUCCUGGAAUGUAGGUAGUGGUUAUGAUCGAUUCGAUAGAAAGGAAGGAAUAGUGUGUAUUUUUCGUUGGGGAUUUCCUGGAAAAAAUCGUCGCAUAUUCCUCCGAUUCCUUAUAAAAGAUAUUCAAUCCGUUCGAAUAGAAGUUAAAGAGGGUAUUUUUGCUCGUCCUGUCCUUUAUAUGGAUAUCAGAGGCCGGGGGGCUGUUCCGUUGACUCGUACUGAUGAGAAUUUGACUCCACGAGAAAUUGAACAAAAAGCCGCGGAAUUGGCCUAUUUCUUGCGCGUACCGAUUGAAGUAUUUUGAGAAAAGGAACUGGGCUGAAGAACGAAUGCUUUCUCAGCAGGAGGGAAAAAACGCAAGAAUCCUGUUUUUUCUAUAACUAAGUGAUACUUUAGGAUAAACAGAUACAGAUAAACCAUAUCUUGUAAAUUUUUUUUCAAUCGAUCUUUUUAUCCUUUCAUUUGGGUUCUUUACUACCCAAUAAUCGGUUUUAAUGAUAACUGGCCUGGUUCUGUCUUGUUUUGCCGCUCAUUUUUUUGACCAUCCCAAUAUCUUUCUCCCAAUUAGUCUAUUCUUGACUAUGGGGAAUCAUUGGAAUUUUUUUUUGGAAAUAUUGGAUAUUUUGAUAGAAUAAGGGGUUCUUUCGUCUCAAAAUAGCAAGAAUAUUCAUUACUUAAAGUACUUCUUUCGGCCAUUCAUCGAAAGGAGACAUUUGUUUGGAAUUUGAUGAAUUGAGAUAUCUGGAAACACUUGUAUUAUUUCUUUAGUCAAAUUCCAAGUGGAGUCUUAGUCUAUUUCUGUAUUCUUUCUAGAUUCAAAACAAAAUCACAAAUCAAAUAGAUUCAUAGGUUUGAUGCCUUGUCUACAACUCAUGUUUGAAAGAAAGAUUCGAUUAUAUAAAGUCGACAGAUGGAGUGGGUUAAUUAAAAA